AUGUCUCUGAUCAGCAUCGCCAAAGGCAGCCUCCAGUUAGCUGGCCUGCUCCACCGCCCGGAGAACGCUUCAUCUUUGGCUCCAGGUCUCGUCGUUGUUCACCCUGGCGGGGGCGUUAAGGAACAGACUGCCAACCUUUAUGCUCAGCGCAUGUCUCAACAGGGAUUCGUCUCUGUUGCCUUUGACGCACUCUACCAAGGACAAUCCGAGGGGAGCCCGCACUACCUGGAAGACCCAGGCUCUAGGGUCUCGGAUGUAUCCUCUGUUGUGGACUACCUACAGACCCUAGACUACGUUGAUCCUGACGCGAUCACAGUUCUCGGGAUCUGCGCGGGCGGCGGGUACGGAAUCGCCGCGGCAGCCACUGACCACCGAAUCAAGGCGGUAGCCGCAAUCAGCCUGGUCAACAUUGGCGACACGAAUCGCCAGGGCUGGCUAAACACUCUGAACACUUCGGAUGCUUACGCUACGGUCGAGUCCGCGGCGGAAGUCAUUCAAGACAUCGCCGGGGCCGACACACCCCCUGACCUGGUCGACGCAUGGGACUAUUACCGCACACCUCGCGGCUUUUACAACACGUCCGAGAACCGUAUGCACCCCGCUUCUGUCCCUCUUAUUUAUCGUUUCGACUCUUGGCACCUCGCAGACCAAUUUCUUUCUCAACCAACGAUCUUGAUUGCCGGGGAGGACGCCGAUAGUCGUUGGGGCACUGAUGACAUCUACGAGAAGAUCAAGGAUUCCAAUCCGAACGCAGUGAAGAUUUUGGUACCUGGUGGACGCCACAUGGAUUUCUAUGACCGGGAGCUGUACGUUGCGCCCUCGGUUGCUAAUGUGACGGACUUUUUCAAAACACACCUCAAUCUUUGA